GAUUUCCCGGGAAAUGAAAUUUAGCAGCGAUGAACAGAAGUUUAGAAGAAAAAUUGUGAUCCGCUUCAGCUCACUCCAUUCUUUGAUUGUUUCUGUGUGUAGAUUCUUUUAUAUAAGUUGCUGCAAAUUUCUCCUGCAAUUUAAUAUUACUAAAUUCUUGUUUUCUCCAUCCGUUGAUACUUUCCGGUAAACGACGGAAAAUGGACAUGGUCAUAACGGGAAUUAGACCUCACGCGUAAGGAUUUAAUUAAACCCCUCUUGGGAAGUCAAAAAAAUAUCCCUUGAGAUGGAAUCAAAGUCUUCGUUCUUCGAUUCAAGGAGGAACUUACAUGUUUCAAGUUGGUUUAGUUUGAAGACUUGGGGAAUUUCAGCUGGGGCUGAAAGUGGCGGUCUGUAUUGGUGUUUGACUAAAUUUUGUGUUGGUCCUGGAGAAAAUGAGGACUGAAAACCGAAAGAGGAAGCUGCGCCUAAGCAAGAUCUAUUCAUUUGCUUGUGGAAGAGCAUCAUUGAAAGAUGAAGAUCAUUCACAAAUUGGGAUGCCCGGGUUCUCCCGGGUGGUUUUCUGUAAUGAUCCUGAUUGUUUGGAGGUUCGAAUGCGUAAUUAUGUUAACAAUUCCAUCAGGUCUACAAAGUAUACACCCAUCAAUUUUUUGCCCAAGUCCUUGUUUGAGCAGUUCAGAAGGGUGGCUAAUUUUUACUUCUUGGUUGCUGGAAUACUAGCCUUCACUCCUCUUGCUCCUUUUACUGCUGUCAGCGCAAUUAUCCCUCUUAUUGCAGUCAUUAUCGCGACUAUGAUUAAAGAAGGUAUUGAAGAUUGGCGACGACAGGCACAGGAUAUUGAGGUAAAUAAUAGAAAGGUUAAGGUUCAUCGAGGCAAUGGAGUCUUUGAUUUUACUGAAUGGAAAACUUUGAGGGUCGGAGAUAUAAUGAAGGUUGAAAAGGAUCAAUACUUUCCAGCCGACCUUCUUUUAAUUUCAUCAUGCUAUGAGGAUGGAAUCUGUUACGUAGAAACGAUGAACCUUGAUGGGGAAACAAAUCUGAAGGUAAAGCAAGCAUUGGAUGUAACUGCAUUUGCAAAUGAGGAUUCUAGCUUCCGUGAUUUUAAGGCUACAAUCAAAUGUGAAGACCCAAAUGCAAAUCUUUAUACCUUUGUUGGAAGCAUGGACUUUGAAGAGCAACAAUAUCCACUUUCUCCACAAAAUCUUCUCCUGAGAGACUCCAAACUCCGAAACACAGAAUAUAUAUACGGGGUUGUUGUCUUUACUGGUCAAGAUUCAAAGGUUAUUCAAAAUUCUACUGAUCCGCCUUCCAAGAGAAGCAAAGUUGAGAAGAAGAUGGAUAAAAUCAUAUAUCUUCUGUUUUGCAUUCUAUUCAUGCUGGCAUUUAUUGGAUCUAUAGUCUUUGGCGUCAUGACUAAAGAUGAUCUGAAAAAUGGGAGGACAAAGAGAUGGUAUCUUAGACCAGAUGAUUCUACUAUUUUCUUUGAUCCCAAGAAUGCACCAGGUGCUGCAAUUUUUCACUUUCUGACUGCACUGAUGUUGUAUAACUACUUUAUCCCUAUAUCAUUGUAUGUUUCUAUUGAAAUUGUCAAAGUUCUUCAGAGUAUCUUCAUCAAUCAAGACAUUCACAUGUACUAUGAAGAAGCUGACAAACCAGCACAUGCCCGCACCUCCAAUUUGAAUGAGGAACUUGGUCAAGUUGACACUAUACUCUCUGACAAGACUGGCACUUUGACCUGUAACUCAAUGGAGUUUAUCAAGUGUUCUGUGGCCGGAACAGCUUAUGGCAGUCGUGUCACUGAAACUGAGAGAGCUAUGGAAGGCAGAAAUGGUAUGCCAAUGCUUAAUGGUAAUGGCAAUGGAAAUAUCUAUAAGCACAAUGAGGAUGCUACAGAUACAAAUCCCUCUGUGAAAGGCUUUAAUUUUAAGGACAAAAGGAUUAUGAAUGGAAACUGGGUUAAUGAACCUCAUGCAGAUGUCAUUCAGAAGUUCUUCCGCCUCCUUGCAACUUGUCAUACAGCUAUUCCUGAUGUGGAUGAAAACACAGGAAAGGUUUCGUAUGAAGCUGAAUCGCCAGAUGAAGCAGCAUUUGUAAUUGCUGCCAGAGAAGUUGGUUUUGAAUUCUACCAGAGGACACAGACAAGUAUAUCAAUUCGUGAAUUGGAUCCUAAAUCUGGAAGGAAGGUCGAAAGGUCAUAUAAGCUUUUAAAUGUUUUGGAGUUUAAUAGCGCCCGAAAGAGGAUGUCUGUCAUAGUUAGAGAUGAAGAAGGGAAGAUACUAUUACUAUGCAAAGGUGCUGACAGUGUCAUGUUUGAGAGGCUUGCGAAGAAUGCUACCAAAUUUGAAGAGAAAACGAAGGAGCAUAUCAAUGAAUAUGCUGAUGCAGGCCUACGGACCUUGGUACUUGCUUAUCGUGAACUUGAUGAGGAGGAAUACAAGGAAUUUGAUGGGAAAUUCUAUGAAGCGAAGAAUUCAGUUAGUGCAGAGAGAGACUCAAUGAUUGAUAAAGUAACAGAUCGCAUUGAAAGGAAUUUAAUUCUUCUUGGUUCCACAGCAGUUGAGGACAAGCUUCAAAAUGGGGUCCCUGAAUGCAUAGACAAACUUGCUCAAGCUGGGAUUAAGAUCUGGGUUUUGACUGGGGACAAGAUGGAGACUGCAAUCAAUAUUGGUUUUGCUUGUAGUUUGCUUAGACAAGGAAUGAAACAGAUUAUUAUCACUCUGGAGACACCAGAAAUUCAAGCCUUAGAAAGGACGGGAGACAAGGAUCUGAUCACUAAGGCAUCAAAAGAAGGUAUUGUCCACAAGAUAACUCGGGCAAGAUCUCAGCUCACUGCAUCAAGUGGAAGCUCUGAGGUUUAUGCAUUGAUAAUUGAUGGGAAAUCACUUACUUAUGCUCUAGAGGAUGAUGUGAAGAAUGCAUUCCUUGACCUUGCAAUUGGAUGUGCGUCUGUUAUUUGUUGUCGCUCAUCUCCAAAGCAAAAGGCAACGGUCACUAAGUUGGUUAAACUUGCAACGGGGAAAACAACAUUAGCAAUUGGUGAUGGUGCAAAUGAUGUUGGGAUGCUUCAAGAAGCAGAUAUUGGAGUUGGAAUCAGUGGUGCCGAAGGGAUGCAGGCAGUCAUGUCGAGUGAUAUUGCAAUUGCUCAGUUCAGAUAUUUGGAGCGUCUUCUACUUGUGCAUGGACAUUGGUGUUACAGGAGAUUAUCAUCAAUGAUUUGCUACUUUUUCUACAAGAAUUUCACAUUUGGUUUUACGCUUUUCUUAUAUGAGGCAUACGCUUCGUUCUCUGGACAACCUGCAUAUAACGACUGGUUUAUGUCACUCUACAACGUCGUGUUCUCAUCUCUGCCAGUUGUGGCUCUCGGGGUGUUUGACCAAGACGUGUCUGCAAGAUACUGCCUCAAGUUUCCUAUGUUGUACCAACAAGGUGUGCAGAAUGUCCUGUUCAGCUGGGUUAGGAUACUCGGCUGGAUGUUUAAUGGUCUGUGUAGUGCGUUGAUCAUUUUCUUUUUCUGCACAAGUGGAAUGCAGCAUCAAGCAUUUAAUCCCGAAGGGAAAACCGUGGGGAGGGAUAUUCUCGGAGCAACGAUGCUGUCAUGUGUUGUUUGGGUUGUCAACUUGCAGAUGGCACUCUCUGUUAGCUACUUCACUUUGUUACAACAUAUUUUCAUCUGGGCUUCAAUCCUUAUCUGGUACCUUUUUCUGAUGAUAUAUGGAGCCUUUCCUGCCAGCAUUUCGACAAAUGCAUAUCGCGUGUUUCUCGAAGCCCUUGCUCCUGCUGCAUCUUAUUGGGUUCUCCUGAUAUUUGUGGUGAUCUCUACUCUCACUCCAUUCUUCAUAUACUCAGCAUUACAGUUGAAUUUCUUUCCCAUGUACCAUGAAAAAAUACAAUGGAUAAGGCACGAUGGUCAGGGGCAGAUAGAUGAUCCCGAGUUUGUCAAUAUGGUCAGGCAAAGCUCGUUGAGACCAACAACUGUGGGCUUCACUGCUCGGUUGGCAGCCAGAAUAAGAAGAGAAAAAUCAUAGUAUGUUCUUUCUCAGAGAUGCAGAUUGAUUGCUGUAUGUUUAUAUUUGGAAGUUGCUACAUUGACUGAUUUGUACAGAUGCAUCAAUCUGCUUUGUGAUGCAAUGAUUGGAAAGUUAUUAUUCUUGGCUUCCUCGUAAGGAAGGAUUUUGUUCAAAAUUAUCAUGUACUUUGUACAAUAGACAGCUCAGAGAUCAGCUAUAGUUCAUGUCUUUAUGCCAGAAUAAUCAGCUGCCCUCCUUGUGGUUCUUUAA